AUGUCGCACAAGCCAGAGAUUCUCUCCACCGAGACGUUCGCCACGGACGCCAAAUGGCUUCGUCUCCAGCGCAUCAAGUACAGCGACCAGGACGGCAAGGAGCGCUUCUGGGAAGUUGCGAACCGCUCCACGCGCAAGGGCGACGUCGACAGCGUGCACAUUCUGGCGCUGGUGAAGCAGGCUGGCGAGCGAGGCGUCGUGCUCAUCGAGCAAUACCGUCCUCCCGUGGCAGCGACUGUAGUUGAGUUCCCCGCGGGCCUCCUCGAUGCCGGAGAAGACGCGGCGACCACUGCCCUGCGCGAGCUUCACGAGGAGACGGGGUAUCACGGCAAUGGAGUAAACGUGAUCUCAGUGUCUCCCGUCAUGGUCAAGGAUCCUGGCAUGACCGGCGCCAACAUGCACCUCGUAACGGUGUCGAUCGAGCUACCACCCAACGCCCCUCCUCCUCAACCCAAGCCUGACGAGGGCGAGCAUAUCGUCCAGCGAAUCGUGCCGCUCAAGGACCUGGACGCGACUCUGAAAGACUACGCGAAGCGGGGAUUCGCAAUCGACGCGCUCGUGCAGAGCGUGGCGACCGGACUGGAGUUGGCUGGCUAUGAUCGAUAA